AUGAAGCGGCUUUACUUCACUGUGCAGAUAUUGUUUUGGCUGUCAUAUCUAAUGGCUAAUGAGUCAAAUCCCUAUAAAAGGAGCUUUGAACUGGUUAAUAAGGAACCCGUCUCAGGAUCGUACACAAAACAGGAACUCGCUUCGGUGGAGGAACUCUGGCUGGACCAAAAAGUCGAUCACUUUGAUGAGAAUAACAAUAAGACUUGGAAAAUGCGUUAUUUGCGCAAUGCAAAGUAUCAUGUUCCCCAAGGACCCAUCUAUAUAUUCCUGGGCGGAGAGUGGACCAUCAGUGCAGGACUAAUGGGAACGGGCUUAACCCACGACAUGGCCGUGGAAAAUUCAGCAAUGCUCUUCUACACUGAACACCGCUACUACGGCUUAAGCUUGCCCCACGGGGACAAGAGUUUUCAACAGCCGUAUCUCAAGCAACUGAGUCUCCAUCAAUCAUUGGCUGACUUGGCCCACUUCAUACGCCAUCAAAAGUCAAAGAAUCCCGAGAUGAGAGAUUCCAAAGUUAUCUUGGUGGGAGGGUCCUAUUCAGGCAGCCUGGCGGCUUGGAUGACGCAACUGUAUCCGGACCUAAUAGCUGCCAGUUGGGCUUCCAGUGCUCCGUUACUGGCAAAGGCAGAUUUUUACGAAUACAUGGAGGCGGUCAGUAGCUCUAUUCAGCUGAGCUAUGGACGAAAUUGCAGUCUGCGGAUCGAGAAAGGCUUGAAACACUUGGUGAAGUUAUUUGAGGAUGAUGAUAUCAAAGACCUGCUGGCAAAGUUCAACGCUUGUGAGGACUAUAAUCCCAGGCAUCCCCUGGAUCGAGCAGCUUUCUUCAAUGGCCUGGGCAAUUAUUUCGCUUUGUUGGUGCAGAGCUAUAGCGCUUAUAUUCCCCGUCUCUGUGAGACCCUAAUGUCCCUGGACACUAAUGAUGAAGUGGCCUUUGUGGCCUUUUUGGAACUGCUCAAUUCGGAGGGCAGGCGCACGACUGAAUGCCAAGACUUUGGUUACUCUUCCAUGCUGCAACUUUUCAGUGAAGCAGCAGAUCAAAGUUCUGGAACUCGUGCCUGGUUUUAUCAGACUUGCAAUGAAUUCGGCUGGUACACCACCACCAAGUCGCCAUCCUGUUCGUCCACUGCCUUUGCCAGCCAGGUGCCCUUGUUCUACUUCGAGUCCCUUUGCCGGGAUGCGUUCGGGGCGGAGCAGAGUGCCCAGCAGUUGGCCCAGGGCGUCGAGCAGACGAAUAGCCAAUUCGGCGGGUUCGGCUUCAAUCAGAGCGAGCGUUAUGCUCAGGUAAUCUUCACGCAUGGCCACCUGGAUCCGUGGCGUGCUCUGGGCCAGCAAACGGGGGACCAGGCCAUUGUCCUGGCGGGCUACUCGCAUGUGGAGGAUUUGACCAGCAUCCGGGUGUUGGACAGCGUGCAGAUGAAUCUGGCCAAACUGCGUGUGAUGUCCUUUCUGCGACGCCACAUAUGA